UUGCGUAUUUAUAUAAUAAAUAUAGAUACUUUGUUUUCUUUAUUCACAACUGAGAGAACAAAAAGGCACUCAAUUGACACAUUAAAUUUGUGAAAUAUUUUUUUAUUGCUUCAUCACAAGAAGUUGAUUUUAUUUUGCAUCGGAGCAGGACGUGUCAAUAAUUUUAAACAAAUUAACCUCAUUCGAUUAAAAAGGUAGACCGAUCGUGUUGUUUGAAUUAUAUUGUGGGUCAGUUUUUGUUUUAAUUGGAUCGAAAAAAGAGCAAAUCCACCUACAAAGUAUUGUCAUUUGACAAUAGAAACAAUGAUGUCAUAACAAUAUAAAAAUGCAUCAUACAUUUUGAGUUUUAAUUGUGUUUCUGGCGGACAAGUGAAACGAAAAGAUAAGCCUGAAAAAAUCAAAUGUUCAAAUAGUGGCACAUAAAUUGUUGAGACAUUUUCUAUUUCCAAAUUCAUAAUUUGUUGAACAGUCGUCGUGUAAACAAAGGAAAAACCAAAAUUCAUUUUGAAAAUUUUGCGUGUGAGCGUCAAGGUUGAAAAAUAAAUCAAAUAAAAUGUCGGACCGCAGUAAUGCUUCGUCGCCUUCUCCAUCGACUCAACAGCCACUAGUCAAAAUUGGCCACUAUACACUGGGUAACACACUCGGAACGGGCACAUUUGGAAAGGUGAAAAUUGGCGAACAUCAACUGACAAAACAUAAAGUGGCUGUCAAGAUUCUAAAUCGUCAGAAAAUUCGUUCGCUUGAUGUGGUUGGUAAAAUUCGACGGGAAAUUCAAAAUUUGAAACUCUUUCGUCAUCCGCACAUCAUCAAAUUGUAUCAAGUCAUUUCAACGCCCACGGACAUUUUCAUGAUAAUGGAAUAUGUGUCGGGCGGUGAAUUAUUUGAUUACAUUGUCAAAAAUGGAAAGCUACAAGAACACGAAGCACGCAGAUUUUUCCAGCAAAUCAUUUCGGGCGUUGAUUAUUGCCAUCGACAUAGCAUCGUUCACAGAGAUUUAAAGCCGGAAAAUCUACUGCUCGAUCACAAUCGUCACGUGAAAAUAGCCGAUUUUGGCCUAUCGAAUAUGAUGUUGGAUGGUGAAUUUCUACGAACAUCGUGCGGUUCACCAAACUAUGCAGCCCCCGAAGUUAUUUCGGGUAAAUUAUAUGCGGGCCCAGAAGUGGACAUUUGGUCAUGUGGUGUCAUUUUAUAUGCCUUAUUGUGUGGUACGUUGCCAUUUGACGAUGAACAUGUUCCGACGCUAUUUCGCAAAAUUAAAUCCGGAAUAUUUGCCAUACCGGAAUAUUUGAAUAAAAAUGUGAUCAGUUUGCUUUGUCAAAUGUUGCAAGUGGAUCCAUUGAAACGUGCAACAAUCGAGGAAAUUAAAAAGCACGAUUGGUUCCAACGCGAUUUGCCAAACUAUUUGUUUCCAUCGUCGAUUGAAAAUGACAGCAAUAUCGUGGAUACGCUUGCCGUUGCCGAAGUAUGCCAGAAAUUCGGUGUUAAAGAAGUUGAAGUGCAUAAUGCUUUGUUGAGCGGAGAUCGGCAUGAUCAAUUGGCAAUUGCAUACCAUUUAAUUAUCGAUAAUAAACGAUUUGCUGACGAAGCAGCCAAAUCAGAAAUGGAAAACUUUUAUGUUGUACCACCAUCGAGUCCGCCACCCACUCACUACAGUCCGAAUAACACGAUUGAUAAAUCGUCUGGCGAAGGUACACCAGCCUCAUUUAGACAUCCGGAGAGAAUAGCACCGUUACGCGAACGUGCUGCAAAUAGUAAUGUAUAUACAGGACCAAAUCCACAAACCACAGCCGGUCUGAUCGGAAGCGAAAAAGUACGUGGAACACCGGUUAAACGAGCCAAAUGGCAUUUGGGCAUUCGAUCACAGAGCAAACCCAACGAUAUAAUGCUCGAAGUUUAUCGAGCCAUGAAGGCCUUGGAUUAUGAAUGGAAAAUUAUAAACCCGUACCAUGUGCGUGUUCGACGAGUAAACAAUUCUCCAGGAAAGUAUGACGUGAAAAUGUCAUUGCAAUUGUAUCAAGUUGACGCAAAGAGUUAUUUGUUAGAUUUUAAAUCUCUGACCAACGAGGAAGUCGAACAAGGAGAUGAUGUUAUAAUGGAGAACGCGACACCGCCAAAUUCAAUGGGCAUUCCAAUAAUGCCACAACAACCGACCGGACACCAUACUAUGGAAUUUUUUGAGAUGUGUGCCGCUUUAAUCAUUCAAUUGGCCAGAUGAAUUCGAUUCUCUCCGAAAAAAAAUCAAUCUCUAUACUUUACAAAGAAUUUCAUUUAAAAUGUCAACAAAAUAUAGCUUUCACGGCACGUAGACCAUAGAUAUAUAGAAAUUAAGAUGAAAAGAAAUUGAAUACGAGUAUUGUAUAUGUUUAAUUUGAAUUUAGACUUUUUUGCACAGAAAAACACAUUAAUUUGCUUAUAGUUUAUAUUGAAUAUUUUAUCAUUGAAAUUGUUUUAUUUUCUCUUGUUAUUGUUUUAAUUUUAUUUAUUAGUUAAUAUGCUUCAAAUUACUUGCACUUUUUUGAUUUUUAAAUCAGUUCGUGGCGACGCUUAGAAAGAAUUUUCGAUCGAACAAAAGUUUUUAGUUU